AUGGUUACUCAAAUUACUUCUGAAUCCGAAUACUCUGAUGCUGUCAGCAAGGACGCUCUCGUUGUCGUUGACUUCUUCGCCACAUGGUGUGGUCCUUGCAAAAUGAUUGCUCCAAUGAUCGAGAAGUUUGACACUAAUUACGCUGAUGUUUUGUUUUACAAGGUCGACGUUGACGCUUUGCCAGAAGUUGCUCAAAAGGAGUCCAUUACCUCUAUGCCAACCUUCUUGUUCUACAAGUCUGGCAAAUUGUUAGAUAAGGUUACUGGUGCUAACCCAGCUAAGGUUAAGCAGUUGAUAGAGGAAAACGCUUAA